AUGGAUAAAAAAACCACUUUACCCCAGGAAACCCUAACUGAUAUCCUAUCGAGGCUCCCCAUCAAAUCUUUAACCCGUUUCGAAUCCGUUUCUAAACCCUUUUCUGCUCUGAUCAACUCCCCUGAUUUCAUCUCCGCCCAUCUCCGCCGUUCUUCUCGACAUUUCACCUUUUUUAUUCGCCACUUUCAUAACCCAUCCGGGUCUAACUUCUCUUUUUCACUGACCAAUAACCAACCCUUUGAUGUUGAGAUUCCUCUUUUGGGCUCCUUAAUUAGGUUCCCAAAAAUUGUUGGUUCUAGCAAUGGUCUUGUUUGUCUUGAUAUCUCUUCUUGUUAUGCGAGGGGGUUUGUUUUGUGGAAUAUUGCUAGGAAGCAGUAUUCGUGUCUUCCUAGCCCAAUAAUCAGUGAUUCUCGUGGGCCCUUUUGGAUGGUCUCAACUGGGUUUGGAUUUGAUCGGGAAAAGAGUGAUUACAAAGUUGUGAGGAUUGUGGGUUUCGCCUGCGAAAAGGGUGAAUCACCUGUUGUAAUGGUUGAGGUUUUUUCGUGGCGGACUGGUUGCUGGAAAGUGAUUGAUGGGAGAGCGAUUGGGGCUUGUGUUAUUCAUGAAGGACAAAACGGCGUGGUUAUUAAUGGAGGAUUGCAUUGGUUGGGUAACAGUGCUGGAAAAUCAGGUGGUAUUCAGAAGUUUAUACUGUCAUUCGAUUUGAAUACUGAAGAGUUUAGGAAGAUACCAACACCUGAGUUUUCCGCCGGAGUUUGUGUUAAAAUUAUGGGGUUUAAAGGGUUACUUGCACUGGCAUAUUAUCCUUCAAAGGGUCUGGUUGGAAGACCUGCUGCGACCGAUCGAGUUGAGAUAUGUGUAUGGGAUGAUUAUGGUGGUGCUGAUGGUAAGUAUUGGACUAAACUGAAUUCUCUUCAAUUAAAUGCUCUUGGAUACCCUGUUGGUGUUACAAAUGAGACUGGAUUGAUAAUGAGGAAAUUGGAUGGACAGUUUACUCAAUUUUUCUUGUGUGAUCCAAGUAAUCAAAAUUACAGAAGGCUGCAUAUUUGUGAAGCUACCUACUCAUGUGACAUUCACAGUUAUGUGGAAAGUUUAGUUCCAGUGAGUGCAGGACAUGAUCAUCGGGUUAUAGAAGAGGAGGUGCUUAGUGAGGUCUAA